AACUCGAGAUCGCGAGAGAUUCCGCGGUAAGAAAGGCAUCUUCUGCUUGCCUCCGCCGCGGCUCCUCCCAAGCCGGCGCCUUUGGAUUGCACCUCUACUCCGAUCGGCCGGGUUCUCCGCUGAGGUCUCCACGCCGCCGGUAGGUAGCGCGAGGUUGAGAGAUGGCCGAGACAGUGUUCACUCCCUCUUUGGAGGGUAUGAAGCAUGUCAAGUCAGAGAGCGGCGUCAUGCUCACCAAGCCGUUUCUUGAUGUCUGCAAGCAAAUCUUGCCUGUUUUAGAUAAAUUUGGAGCUGCUAUGGCACUUGUGAAGAGCGACAUCGGUGGUAACAUCACAAGGCUGGAAAAUAAGUAUUCUUCAGACCCAUCAAAAUAUGAGCACUUGUACAGCAUGGUUCAGGAAGAGGUUCAAAAUAAGACUGCAAAAGGUUCGUCAAGCUGUACAAAUGGACUUCUAUGGCUCACGAGGGCUAUGGACUUCCUUGUUGAGUUAUUCCGUAACCUACUUGAGCAUCUAGACUGGACCAUGAGUCAAGCUUGUACUGACUCGUAUACUAAAACUUUGAAGAAAUGGCAUGGCUGGCUUGCCAGUUCUAGCUUUACAGUGGCAAUGAAACUUGCACCUAAUAGAGAGAAAUUUAUGGAGGUCAUCAGUGGGACAGGCGACAUAAAAGCAGAUAUAGAGAAAUUCUGCACAACCUUUUAUCCUUUUCUCAAAGAGAAUCAUGAUUUUCUGGCCAGUGUUGGACUCGAUGAUAUGAAGGCUUCUUAAGGCAUUCGUAUGCAAUAGUGACCCACAGAAUAAACCUGUCUUAUGAACAUCUAGCCUGCCUAAUGAAAAUUUAGUGCAGCCUAGGAUAUGCUGUUUUCCACCUAUCUUCGGAAAACUAUAGGGCAAUAAUGAAUGUCGUGAACUUAGAAUGAUUGGGAUACAUAGCCCACGAACAGUUACACACAAUGUAUGUGUUGCUUUAUGCAAAAAUGUUUUAACUGUUGAAAAGCAUUUCCAUGCUACCGGAAGUUACAUACUCCUAUUAAGUAUCUGUACCAUAAGAAUUGUUCAUGUAUAGGUCCAUCAGAUUUGGCAGAA